UUACUUUUCGCCUUCGCUUAGAGUUUAUCUCCCCUAUUACGCGGAAUGAUUUUUGGCGACCUACUUGCGGUCUCAAUCUCAUGACGUCAUUGAAACUUACACCGUCCAUUUCAAUGACGUGAACACAACUGUCUGUUUAUUUUGGUUUUCUACGAUAAACUGUUGAGAAUUUCACAUGGUGUCCAUUCAGUUGUAAACAUAAGAGAGGAACAGGAGUUUCGAUAUGAGCUCCUUAGCAUUUGUUGUAAGUUAUUAAACGAUAUAUUUUUAUGUAAUUACUAGAUAAUCGAAAAUAGCAAAGUGGCUUCCCGUUCAUGCCACCGCCUCUGUACCGGGCUUUACUCACAAAAUGAAACAGUACCGCUGAGUACCCCAAUAUUAGCUUGAAAUUUAUGUUAUAAUAGUAAUAGUAAUUACUAAUAGUAAUAGAUACUUUACUUGGGACAAAAUUUUCAAAAAUGAAUUUGCAGCUUUAAGACCUAUUUAUUUAGAUAGGGCUUGAAAGAGCGAAUUGAUUGAUACCAAAUUAAUAGUUAUGGGUCCAUUCUAAAGAAAGUUGUGAUUUUUUUAAUGAAUUAUUUUGGGAUAACUGUCAAUUGAUAAUUGAGUGUUGCAUUGAGUAGCCUAUAAAAAAUAAUAAGAAAAUAUAAAAUUGACUACUAUAAAAAUUGGUCAGAUACUUUUUGAGAGAGCUGCUACUUCUUGGUCAUAUGCAUUUUCUUAUUUUCAAGCUUUAAUAAACGAUGAAAAUGUUGCCAUCAUACUUAAGUCAAGUGGUCACUGACACUGUUUUGAAACUUUACACACAUUUUUGGGGUAGGGUGGAUGAAAAUUUAUUUGCCCAUGAAAUUCUUGUAGAUAAUUGGAGGCUUUAAACAUAUCAAAUUGGUUGUCAUGUAUAUCGCGACUGAGAAUGUUUGAUAAACUAAACUAAACAGUAGACGUACUUUAAUUAUUCAACUUGAUAUAUUUUUUCAAAAACAAUUCUUGAUAAAAAAUCAGAAAGCACAGUAUUUUUCAGCAUCCAAUUCUCUUUAAAAUCUUAUAUCACACACCUAUUUAACAAGAAAUUACAGCAAACAACAUUUUUUCACAAUGCAUGUGCAAUGUUUUUUUUACAUUUUCAAGCGGAUAAAAAGUUUUUAUAAAGGCACGUAACUCUGCAAUGAUUUUUCAUUAGCAGAAAAAAAUGAAUUAUCCAAGUACCAGUAACUGGAACCAGCUCCCCUUCCAUAUCCGUCAUUGUGAAACCUCGUCCACUUUUAAAAAGUCCCUUAAAACCCAUCUGUUUAGGUCCGCCUAUGACCUGUGAUGCACCCUCCUUGCCCUGCCUCAUUUUCUGUCUCGGGUUAAUCCUGUAAUAUAGGCCAAAACGUGCCAAAGUGUCCUCGUUUUAUAGCCAUUUUAAUUGUUUCUAUAGUAUAGUAGUUACUAUCCUUAUGUCUCAUUUUUAUUUUACUUAGUUUACAUGUUUUUAAUAAUUGUAAAGCACUUAGAGCUUUAAGGUAAGCGCUAUAUAAAAAUGCCUAAAUAAAUAAAUAAAUAACUAAUUAUAGGGCCAACUUGGACUAAGCUAAAGUUAUUCAUAUUGAGUGUUGCUCCUUUUUACUUGGCUUUGACUUUAGUUUUAUUAUAAAAAAGAAAAAGACUCGUCACUACAUAAUACCUGGCUUUAGUUAUUUACUAUGUUUUCACCACAUACAAAUUCAACUUAAUUACUCAUUGAUGUUGGACCAAGAAUACUAACAAUAAAAAAAGACAGUUACCAAUAACCAAGCCAAGGCAACACUAACUACUAACAGCAACAAGCAAGUCAAGACAACCUCACUCUGCUGCUAACUCUCAUGUUAAGUUACAUUAUAUACCAUGAAAAACAACAGGGUAACUGUUUACAAUAACUAUAACACCAUCCUUAUUUCCAAGUCUACCCUUAAUUAAACUGAUAUGGCCAGGCUAUAUUAUGAUUAGGGGUGUGCCGGAAUCCGGUCCGGAAUCCGGUUCGCCGGAUUUUGCACUAUCCGGUGAAAUCCGGUUCCGCCGGAUUUACAUGUAUCCGGAACAACCGGAAUCCGGAAUAUACCGGAUUUCGGAAUUUGCCAGAUUUUGUGACUCACCGGAUCAUAAUCUGAAAUAAAAGUAAUUCUCUUUCCCGAAUUCCACACGAUCACGAUACAUUAAUCGAUUGUUUCGAGCGUUGAGCUUGUUUAAUGUUUAAUAUUCCGUACAUACCAGAGGCUAGAGUCAGCACCGCUAAUAGUGGCCAAUAGUGUAGGGACUUUGAUAAGAAAAUUUAAACUUUUUGUAAAAAUAAACCAAUGGCAUAGUUGAAAAGAUGUAAUUUUUUAAAGAAUUAUAACACCAAAAUCAUAUUUUUAGCUGUUGUAGUUUUAAAGUUAUGAAUUUUUAAAGUACGACUUGGUUUGUCAUUUUUUAACAUGGACUGCAUCUCCACAUUCUGUGAUCUCAUUCCGCCAAUCCCGUCAUGCGCAAUGACUAUAUAGUUUAUAUAAGGCAACGCAUUCCCUGCCUUAUCACUAAAAUACUGUUUAGACUUAGUUUAAACUUUCAACUUUGGCACAUGAAUAAUUAAUUAAAGCUUUCCCUGACCAAUGGUUUAAUAGUUUUUGCACACGGCAAACUCUUAUGAAUGAAACUCUGAGGUAGUACUACGAUACAGUUAUGCAAGUGGCUGUGAAUGGUUGCCAAUGACAACGUGUUGCACACGGUAAAUUCUGAUCAUUUAUAAUAUGGAUUCUACCGGGUUGUUAAAGCUCAAAUUAAAACUCUCCAGUUUAAAUGUCUUUAAAAUGCAUUCUGAAACACAAGUUAUCAAUUAUUUUGAUGUAAAUAGUGAUAACAAAUUAAUAUUUCCUAAGUAUCGUCAACUUCCGCCAUUAAAAAGGGGGGCGUGGCCAACCCCAUGGCGAAAUUAGGUUGAGCGAGCUGCAUAACCUGCUGCGAACGCGUAGAAACAUGGCGUCUCUCGUAAGACACUUAUCCAAAUGGAACGGAACUCAAAUAUAUAUCGAAAGUACUAAUUUAAUAAUAAAUAGACACACACAUCGGAAAAUUAAAAACUCGGAUUUUUUGGCGCCGAUUGCGAAUUCCCAUACACAAAAAGUAGUAGUCUACCUUGACUUACCGAAGUAUCUACCAAUAGUACCAAAAUCCGGAAUCCGGGAGAAUCCGGAAUCCGGGAGAAACCGGAAUCCGGAUUAUUCCAGAAUCCGGAUUAUUCCGGAAUCCGAAUCCGGAUCCGGCGGAUUUCGCAUAAGAAAAUCCGGAUCCGGUUGGAAAAAACGGAUCCGGCACACCCCUAAUUAUGAUAACCCUAUAACUGUCAUAACAGCCAAUCAUCUGCCGUUAUCCCCUCUCUGUCGUGUCACACCCAAUAUAAUCAGGUCUUAACAAAAUUAAAAUUAUUAAUGCAGAUGAUUUAAUUUACGUUGGUUAAGGGGUAACCAUUCUAUAGAAAUGAUUUUGCUUCCUAUUUCAUUGUCUGUCUGUGUGUAAACAAACUUUUGUCAGGGCUUGUGUUGUGAGUUAUCGUGAGAGAAAUUAGCUCCAAUUCUUUUUACGUCAUCAUGUCGGAUGCUGGAGAUGGUCUCUCUAGAUUGUAAAAUUAACACAGACUUACUUUAUAGCUAUUAUUUCAAAUGGAUUUAAAUGACAUCUAUUUCCAUGUGAUAGUAAAGACAGUAUUAGCACUAGCGGUGAUGGCAGCAUAGGAGUCAGCCUUUGACAAUUUCAGCCCUAGCUUAGUCCUAUAGUUAGAGACAAGUUUGUUUGGGAAAGGAUGAAAAGUGAACAGAAAAGACAAAGAUUUGAUCCCAAAGACAUUUUCUAAAGAGAUCCCAAGACAUAUAUGUUUUGUAUAAUUUGGAGCAUUAAUUAAUUUUAAUAAAUGGAUUUAACAACUUCAUCAAUAAAAAGGAAUUUGAAGGGAGUGGAUGAAAAAAUUCACCAAAAUAACAUUGUUCAAAUUAAGUACGUAUAAUUUGAUAUUUCUGAAAGGAUAUUUCUUUUAUUAUCUAAAACUUGAUGUAAUGAUAGAUACAACAAAAUGAUGAGAUAGGGGUGGGUUUAAUGGGUUUAAAGUUGAGUCGUACAAUUAAACUCAGUUUUAAAGUCAAGGUCAUUAUUAACUUGUAUAAUAUAAAAAGUAAUUCUUUUUUUAAACCAUUAUAUUCCUUAUCCAAUGUACUUUCAGAAAGUAUACACAUGUAAGAGUAUCUGAAUUCACUUAAUGUAUUGGAUAUUGUUAUUUUAGACAAGCGUAUUGAAAUGCUAAAAUUGGCUUGACGCCACAUAGCAAAUAUGUUAUAUGGUCAGCAGACUUAGACUUUCCAACCGUAGGUUUAGGCCUAGCCAUAUACAAUUAAAUAACCUAUAGCUGACUAUGCUAGCUAUAUAUAGCUAUCACUUCACCUUCCUAGCAAUAUGGAUAUGCCUACUCUCUUUUGAGUCCAGUGCAGCUGUGCAACAGUUUUCAUCUAGUAUGCAUAAUUGUGUAGUCAUUUGACACAUUAGUGUUCAGCCCUAAAUGUACGUUCACACUGCAGAUUUGUUGAAGCUAAAAAUUUCAGUGGUGAAUUCAUGUUGAAAAUGCACUGACACAUAUAUUUCAGGUAGUUGUUCACAAUGAGCACGCACAACGAUGGUAUCUGAUGCAGAACUUUUGUUUGUAUUUAUCAAUUUUAAAUUUAUUGGUUGUGCUAUGGUCAACAACCUGUGGCUACAUGUGGCUCUUUGAAUUAAUAAAUUUGUAGUUUUUCUGUUAAAUAUGAUUGCACAAAUAGCCACCCAUGCAAGGUGCAAUUAAAACACUCAUUUUUAAAAAAAAUUCUUAAUUAUUUCAUGUUUUUAAAACAUUAUUUUUUUGUAUGUGUUCAUCUUAAAAUCUUUUCUUGUCUUGCUCACUUCAUUAAAGUCAAACUUGAAAUUUAUUUCACAAAUAUAAAUCUUUGAACUUCAAAAUAUGGCUACUAUCGAAUACAACUAAUAAUUAAAAUUUGUAAACAAGUCAGCUGAAAUUAAAUUCAUAAUGUUUUUUUUUUUUAAUCACCCCAUUUUCUACUGGUUGCUAUGCUACUAACCUGUCAGCUGAUGACAAUGCAUUCACAUUGACAAAAAUAUGAAGGAAUUUUUUUACAUGUGUUGCCAAAUGACAGUAUACUCUCAACAAAACCAUGAAAAUGAAACUAUUUUGCCCCGUUUUUGUUCCAGAGAGUAGCAUGUGGUCACAGAAAGUUGAGAUUCAAGUAACAGAUCCGUAGUGUGAACGUACCUUAUGUGUUGCAAAAGAAGAUUUACACUUUGCUUUAUCACAAAAUUUUGAUUGGCCUAAGAAAAGAUAAAAAGUUUUUGGAACAUUUUUUAAAAAAAUGCUCGUACUUUGUUCAGCUUAGUUAUAAAAAAUCUCCCAUAAUAUGAUUGCCCAAGCGAAAUGUUGUAUGUGCUUCUCUUCUUUGGUUGAUUAGGAAAUUGAGGUUAUGAAAUAAACAUAAUGAUAUUAAGAUUUGACAAAAAACGUUUUGUAUGCUUUUACCAACAUGUUUUUAUCAGCUUUUAGUUUUAUCAUGGAAAUGAAUUUUUUGUGAACUAUUUUAACAUUCAUAUAUAAUUAAGCAAAUGUGUACUCCCCCAUGUCUCUUUUUCCUUUCUCUCACUCUUUUAUAUCUUAUGUGUGAUAAACAUUGAAAAAUAAAUACAGUAGAGCGUCAAUUUUCCAAAACUGCCCCAACCUUUUUUUAAUUAUUAAUAUUUUACGGAAUGCGCAGGCAUGGAAGCAUGGGAGUACAAAAUCUGGCCCAUGUCACAAAAAUCUAGAUACAAUAUAUGCAGUGACCAAAUCGGGGUAAUUUAAUGAUCUAAAAUAAACUACCACAAAUGACAUCCGAAUGGGAUUUAGUAUAAAGGGACCCGGGUCUGAAUAGAGGCUAUGCGCACUCAGGUCCCUUCAGACUAAAUCCCAUUCGGAUGUCAAUUGUGGUAGUUUAUUUUAGUUAAACUGAAGAAGUAAGUUUACAAACAUAUAGUCCAUUCAAUUAUCUUUCAUUUCAUACCUCAUUUUGUCUUGCAAACCCAACAAUAAUAUUGUAAAUAGUUUUUUUUUAAUCCCAACCUCUCACUUCUGAUACCCGGGUGCAAAUACCCACUUUGUUUAUUGUAUUCUAUGCCCUAACUUCUUUAAUGUAACCUUUCCAUGUGAGUGAUGGGUUAUCCAAAAGAAUAGGAUUUCCAAAACCACCGCUGGUCUCACUUAGUUAAUAUUGACGCUCUACUGAGCUAACUUAAAUUUAAUAAAUCUACACAUACAAUUUUGAGUAGAUUGUAAGUUGGCCUUGUGUAAAGGAAUGUGGUGUAAAUGUGAGUUGACCAUACCAAAAUAUACACAAUUCAAGUUUUUUCCUUCUUUCUAAUUUAUAUAUUAAUAUAAUGAAUGCAAUGUUUGAAAUACAUUUAUGUAGAUUUGAACUCCUCAUUUGCAUUUUAGACUCAUCCAAGUGUGAGAAUUAAAGGUACAGAAAAUAGUUACACGCCCACCCAAUGUUUGGAUGAGAGGUGUCCAGUAAAGGCACCUCAUCUCCAUUGUCCAUUCUGUGUGAAAACAGAUGCUUAUCAGGAUCCUGUGAUACUCAAAGCUCAUUACAGAGUCAAACAUGUAGAUAAGGGAAUAGAAUUUGCAGGUAAACAUGUGUUAUUUUUUUGUGUCAUAACAAUAUUCUGUUUAAAUUUCUUCCUGCUCUUAAAUAAAAAUGAGAAGGCUGAUAACUUUAAAAUAUUUUUCUUUAAAAAAAUUAGUCUGAAAUGUCUGUUUCAGGUUUGAAAAUACUAAGAUGCUGCGACCAAUGUGAUAUUAUAGGUAUAAUCAAAGGAGAGAAAAGAUUCAAGGGUGCUCACUGGCACUGCUAUAGAUGUAGAAAUGGCUUUAACAGGCGGGAUGAAGCCAUCAAACAUUACAAAACCCACUUCCGAAAUCCACAAACAACUUUUCAAAUACAAAUCACUCAGGUGAGGUAACAUUCUCACAACCAAGUCACUACAAUGACACAUUAGUUUAUUUGAUGUUUCAUUCUGAUUUGUAGCUUAUUGGUCAGUAUCUACUUUAUUGCUAUUUUUCUAUGCUUUUUUUAAUUAAUUUUUUUUUAAUGAUUACUGAAAAUUAACAAACCUAUUAAGCAACUGUGUGGUCAAUAUGCAGGACUUGAACUCUCCACCAGAGGUGAGACCACAUGAUGACCAUAGCAACUCAAGCCAAGAUGCAUUUGUUUCAAUUGAAAAUCCAGUUCAGGAGAUUAUUCACCCCACACUCUCUCAGACUGGUAUAGGGUUGGCUGAACAGAGUGAGUAGAUGCAAUUCCUAAAUACUUUCUCUCAAAGAAAAAUUACAGUUUUUUAAAGAUAUGGGGUGAUGAUUAUAGUGUUGGUUGUCAUUACCUGUCAGGCGGUCUCAUUGCUUAUGAAAAAAAAACAGUAUGAGAAAUUAAGAGCUCUUUCUUUUUUUGUUAUCAUCAGAUGUUAUAACAACAGGUUCAGGUGCUGCCCGCCAUGGUAAUGUUCAAAAGAUAAAACAUGAGUUGCUUGGUAAGGGGGAUAAUUCUGGUGAAAGAGAAGACCAAGAAACUAUCAUGAUCAUCCAAGGAGAUCAGCUGGAGUCUGCCUUUGCUAGCCACAUUAUCAACUCAGGGGUAAGUGCUUUGUAUGGUAAUGCAUGCUUUCUCUAUCCUUUUCUGGGAUUCUGUAAGGUAACCGCAGUUGUUUUCAAAUUCUUUUAUUUUACACACAUUUUAAAAGUCAGUCUCAUGAAGCACCGAGUAUUGAUAUUUGAAAAUUUUGAACAAUGGCAAAGGUGAAAUUUUUUUGUUGUGCCCCCACCCCCCCCCCCAACAAAAUUUCUUACUUAGGGUAAAAUCAAAUUCUUUCCCAACAUCUCUUAUUUUAUUAAAACUUCUACAAAACUUCAGCAGUGGCACGCAUCACUGUUAUACUAAGUAUAUUGAAUCUUUAGCCUAAAAUUAGCUUCUCACCGUUAAAAGAAAAUAUAAGUUAAUGACUGUAUCUUUUCAGGAGUUAACAGCUUUAAGCAAGGCUAGUGUUGAUCCUAAUCUCUCAUGGGAAAUCCGCUUCAGGAUGGAAGAAGAAGAAAAAAACAUGUACAAAUCCAAAGCAGAGGAGUAUAAAGCACAGGUUAACAUUUCUUUCCCUUGAUGUAAUAAAAAGAUAACAACUCAACAAGUGGUAUUAAUUUUUUCUCCAUAAUUUUAGGAAUUAUCUGUGUGAUAUUUUAAUAGUUGUCAAGGGUAUGAGAAUCAAUGGAGAUAUGUGUAGAGCACUGUUGUCAUGUUUGGUAGGGAAAAGAUGUUUAGUUUAGAGAUUUCAUGUGUAGCUGUAUCAAUGGUGUGAGAGAGUUGCGAAGUAUUUGCGUAAAGGGAAAUGAUGCAAGAGUUUUAGUUGUUUAUAGAAUGCAUAGAUGGCCAUUGUGUGAUAUUCACGGUUUGGCUUGUUUUCAUUUAUGGAGGAUUCGGCUGGAUAUAUCGUUAAAGUAGAACAUUGAUUGGUUUACGAGUUGCAUUGUUGGUGUACUCUUGCAUCAUUUCCCUUUACCCAAAUCCGUCAGGUUUUGACGAGGUAUAAUAAAGUUAUAGCAUUUAACUCAUGUAAAGAUAUUCAGUGUUUACUUUCGGUUGCACUGGGUUGUGUGAAGAAGUAAGAGAUUAGGAUGUCUCACGGGUGAGCGUCUGGCUUUGAAGAGUGGAUGAGCACAGGACACUAAGAUCUACAGGUCGUCAAUAGUGAUCAGAUGAUGAAGUGCUCUUAUUUCUAGGACCACACAAUUUUUAAUGUUGUUGUUUGUCAUUUACACAUGAAGAUGACCAAGGCAAUUUUCAUCUUGAGAUGUAGCCUUGACUUGAGCUGUAGUUUGUUUAAAGUGAUGGAGAGUUGCUCAAUUCGUCCGUCUCACUCUCUUGUCUUUGUCUGUUUGAUCCAAUGGCAAGACUUAGUCAAGUUGACUUGGUUGUUUUGUUUGCUCUGUAUGUGUUCUAAAUUUGCAGGAGCUGUUAGAAUUUUCAUAACACCUACUGGACUCCAUUUGCAGGUUUGAUUUCAGAGUUUGCCUUCUCUUAGAUGAGUUGCCAUCCAAGGUUAACGAAUCCCAUCCACUCUGGAUGCUUGUGAUGUUUUUUUGCUUGUCUAGAGACAGGGUUUUCUGGGGAUUGAGCUCCAGUCCGCUAGCUUGGGAUUGCCUCAGUGUAGACCACGUGGCCACACAGCACCAGAAAAUUUUUAAUAUAACAUAUGGUUUUAUUGGUAUAAUAAGAAAAUGAAUGAUUUUAUUAACGUUUAUUUAAGUUAUCAAUAGAUUCAUUGAGUUUGAAUUCAGUUAUCACUGUUCACUUUCCAUUUUCUCAGGUGGAGCUUCUACAACAGCAGGUUGCUGAUUUAGAAACUCAACUUUCCCAGCAAAGUCAGCUGAAACUUCAAGAGCUCAUUGAGUCCCUCAGCUCUGGAGAUUCUAACAAACAGGGAUUGGGUCAACAACUUUCUAAAUUCUUAGAGCAGUGCCAGUUGCAGUCAUCACAAGGUUCAGUAACGGUAGUACAUCAAGACAACUCCCAGGAUCUUCAUCAUCACCAUGAUCACCACCAGCAUGUCAUCAUCAAAACUGAAGAAGGCCAAGAGCUAGUGGAAAGUGCUGACAAUGUGCUUUCAGAUCAGUUGGAGGCAGGUGUCGCAACACACCAGCUGGAUGAAAGUGCAAGUGUCACACACUUGAAUGAUAUUCCAGAAGGUUUCCACGUUUUAUGUACUACGCCAGAAGGUCAUGUUGUAGUAACACGUGCACCUGACUCUGUAAUUCCUGCAUCGACAUCAGAAAGACGAACAGUAGUGGGCUCUGAAAACAGAAGCUGCCUCACGUCAGCCACUGUUGUAAGCACAUCUAUGUCUGCUUCAGGUCAAACUGUUUUCACUCAUUUAUUGGGAAACAAAGAGAAAUCAAACAAUUUAGCACUGGCAGGUGUUUCAGGUUGCACAGAAGGUUUGGUCACUGUGAGUGAUCUGUCGCAAGAAGAUCAGGGUGACCUUAGCAUUUUGUCUAACGGGCAGGGCUGUCAGAUGGAAGUUGUGGCUGCCGCUGAUGGACUCACAUCUCUUGGGACAGAUGUCACUGUCAUUGCCAGUGCAAAUGAUGAUCAAGAUGGUCCGAGUACAUUUGUAAUGGACAUUGAAAGUGGAGACCGAAUUUUUGUCCAAGGCACUGAAGAGAAUAUUAAUUUACCCGAUGAACAUUGUGCAGAUGAAGAACAAUAUGGGUCUAAAGAACCUGAAAAAAAAAGAACAAAAAUCACAUGAUAAAAUAUGAUGUUAGAUAUCAAAUUAUUAAAAAAAUUAAAAUGUAUGGUUUCAUUGGGCUUGAAGUAGAUAAGUUAGAUAAGGCUUAGAUUAACUUUAUAAUUCAUUUAUGUCUAUAUUAUAUACAUAAUUUGAGAUGCAAAAAAAACUUAAGUAAUAAAAUUUAUAUAAGUUAAUUGACUGCCAACAAGAAUAAACAAGACCUGAGCCCAUCAACUAUUAAAUUGAAAAUUAUCAAGAAAUGAAUCAGCAUAUCCUUUCUAACGUAAUGAUGAUAGUCAUUAUAAGAAUUACAUUUAAAAAAGAAAAACCUUUCAUGAAAUUUAAUGCCAUCUCUAUUAGUUUAAGGUUAAAGCUUUAAAAAUUUUACUGCCUUUUUGAUUGAUCACUUUUGUAUCCUUUAAAGACAUGUUAUGAUUUUUAUGGGCCUUUGAUUAAUUUUUUACUUUAUCUUCAUUGAGAGUGCAUUUAAAUACCCCAUGAGGGUGAUAGCUUUAUCAAAAUGCAUUUUUUAAAAAUAUUAAAUUUUUUAUGAGAAAAAAAAAAGAGGAUGAGUUAAAGAACUUGAUUGCAAAUGAAGUAUUUAAUUUAUCUAGGUAGAGGAAUGAGAAAAAUAUGUUUAAUGAUAUCCCAAAAUAAAAAAAUUACUUAAGAUGAAAUUUUCUUCCAGAUGAAAAAUAUAAGUUUCUAAACAUUUAUUGAUCUUGUAAUAGACUUAGUUUAAUGGCUAGACUGAAACUUGUUUAAAUUGUUAACACCCCCCCCUCCCAAAUUACCACCACCAUUUGGUUGGAAGAGUGUAGCUGCACUAAUUGAUCACAUUUCUUUGUGUAUACCGGUACAUUGUUUUAUAAACAACUUAUUUACCUUCCAUGGUGAAAGACAACUUUCAAAGUUAGUCAUGGGUGAUUUUAUUUUUUAAUUUUAGUUAGGUACUUGGAUUGUAAAGUACUGGAUUUUGUAUAUGUACUAUGUUCAGAUUUUCUGUUGUGGAUGUGGUUAUCAAAAUAAUUGUACUUUAUGUAUCAAAAAUUGUUAACUGAACUGUACUUUAGUAAUUAUUUAUUUUUCAGCUGUUUCUUAACAUUGCAACCAUUGUGUUAUCCUUCUUAUUAAUUAAAAUUACAUAUUGCUACAAAGUUUUUGACUAGCGUCAGAUUUUUGUCAACAAACAUUUGUGAGCAUUGUUUAUUGUUUACACAUACAAUUGGAUUAAGUAUAAUUCGUUCUGUUUAAAUCAAAUCAUUGUCAUCACCGAAAAGUAACUUAACUUUUUACACUAGAAACAACAUGAAUUCUAAUAAUAUUUACUCUUUCAUGUUGUCGUUUGAUGAAAUUGAAUUGGGUGUAGAAGUGCUGUUUGAUCUUUAAAUGCAGGUAACUGGUUUACCUAAAGCAUGUCGGUUUAAUUUUUUUUAAAAGCACCAAAACACAUAUCUACUUCUGGACUGACCCACUAAGGAAUCACUCAUAAUAAAAAUUUAAAUAUAUCAUGGACAUUUAAUAAUACAAAUCUUAUCAUUUGUAUAUCAAUAAGUGAGUUAUUUAUAGAUUUUACUUAGGGAUUUAAUGCAUAUGUUAAAAUUUAUAGAUAAAAUAAAAACCAUUACGACAUUAGAUUUGUUUUAAAUCUACCAACAUGACUGAAUAAUCAGAACUUCCAUUUUCCUUUAUUUUCUGAAUGACUUGUCAAUAAAAAGCUAGCAAGUUAAUUUUUGCUCUUUUUUUAAAUAAAGAGUUAUGAACCUAAUCCUUUAAUGAUUCUUGCUGCCUUUUUAUAUUUCUUUGGCUGACUAGGAUGUGAUUCUUAUGGCAUAGACUUUCACUUAAAUUUAGGCCAAAAGUAAAGAAAAGAAUUGAGAAAUUAAGAUGUACAUGACAAUGAAGGUCUGAUGAGUGUGAUGUUAAAUUCAAAAGCAGUUAUUUUUUAAUACAGUUGUUAAAAAUAUUAACUUCUUACAGACACUUUUAUAAUUUGAAACACUGCUUACUGUAAAAUAAAAUUAGUGUGGAUUCAAUAAAUAU